GUCACCACAGUAUGAGGAGUGCAGCGCAGACUUCUCGCCAGAGAUGAAGACUCCUCCUGACAGAUCGGGAAUCACUUUUGAAGUUGGAGCUCAACUAGAAGCCCGAGACCGUCAGAAAACCUGGUACGCAGCCACGAUUGAGAAAAUUGACUACGACAAAGAGCAAGUCCUGAUCCACUAUAAACAGUGGAGUCGGCGCCAUGAUGAAUGGUUUCAGUGGAACUCGCCGUACCUUCGGCCGCUUGAGCGAGUCAGCCUGAGGAGGCAGGGCCUGAACCCGCCACGAUCUCAACCGAUGUUUGUUUCAGGUUCAAAGGUUCUGGCCUGUUGGACAGACUGUCGUUUCUAUCCGGCCAAAAUCCUCAGAGUCAAUAAAGACGAGUCCUACACAGUGCGUUUCUACGAUGGUGUGGUUCGAACCGUGAAGCCGGCCAAGGUCAAACCCUUCCAGGAAAAGUCCAGAUCAGAGAAGAGCGCCGUGGGAAGCGAGGGAUGGGAGGAGGGGGAGAGCGAGGAGGAGGACGAGGAAGCUGUGGUUAGAGAGGAGGAAGAAAAGGAGAAAAAGGGGCAAGAGGUAGAGGAGAAGGUGGAGGAGAAUGAAGGAGUGGAAGAGGAAAGGGAGGAGGACAGGAAGAGGAAGGCCGAAUGUUCAUCCCAUCCACCAGCAAAGAAGAAAACAGAUGACAGCAGAGGCAGUGGAUCUCAGAGUCAGCCAAUCAUGGCUGACUCCACCAUGCCAAUUCCUCCAAACUCUGCCCACAUCGAUAGAGAUGUCCUGUUGGAACGUCAGGCCCAUCUGCCCACCACACACAAGUUCAGCAGAGAACCAUUGUACCGGGUCAUAAAGAACCAGCCUCCUCCUAUUCUCUCCAUUGAACUGGACCACAAUCCCUUCAAAUGCCCGUCUCCCGGCUGCACCAAGUCCUUCAGGAAGGCCAGUCUGCUGCACUACCACAUCAAGUACUACCACACUGACCAGCAGCUGGAUGAGCAGCGGGGCAGCGAUCAGGAGGCAGUGAGAAGGAAGCGGUCUUCUUCUGAGGGGGCCGACUUCAUUUCAGACAGGAAGAGUGAGAACCAGAACAGCAGCUGUCACCGCGACGACAGAGAGCUCAGCAUUGUGGGAACAGAUGUGAAGAAGGAAGGAGGCAAGGAGAAGUCAGGAGGACAGGACCGAAAGGAGAGAAAGAACUUCCUGAGAGUGAAACUAAAGAAGAAGAAAAAGAAGAAGAAGAAGAAGAAAACUCAGCCAGGACUCGGCAGCAGCGAUGAUGAGAACUCAGACAGGCCUCCCAUCACUCUGAAGCUGACAACUGGACAUCCCAGCACACAAACACAAAUUGAUGAUGGCAGCGAUUGGUCUACACUAACAGCAGAGAGUGGAGAAGACACACCCUCUUGGCCUGUCGCUAUGGAGACGGAGGAGUGCGAGGUGGUGAGGUGUGUGUGUGAAGUGGACGAGGAGAACGACUUCAUGAUACAGUGUGAGUCAUGUCUGUGCUGGCAGCAUGGCACCUGUAUGGGUUUAUAUGAAGACAAUGUCCCACACAACUACAUCUGCUACUACUGCAGACAAACCGCAAGUUGGAGGAGAGCUCAGCGUGUCCUGUCGGAACCUGAUGUCCUGAUAUCUGGUCACAUGUUCGGCCUGUCAUGUGUAAAGGAGAACUACUCCGAGAUCAACGCCUCCAAGAUUUCACACACCGGCCGUCUGCUGGCGCACACGCACAACCUCAAUCAGGUCCUCAAUGGGCUGCAGCUCAAAAUCAGCCUGCUACACUCCCAAUCCCACCCCGACCUGCACCUGUGGAAGUUACCAUGGAGACCAGAAGAGGGGACAAGGCUGAUGUCAAGCCCAAAAGGAGAGCCAACCGUCUCCUACGUCAGCAGCGAGCACUGCUACCAGAAGCCCGGAGCAUCGUGGGAAAAAGCCGAGGACAAGGACAGUCCAACGGUUGCAGUAAAGCAGGAACACGACACUGAAGAGAAGGAAAUACAACCUGAAGACAUCAACAAAACACCAGCCGACAUCUCUGCAGACACAAACAUUGUGACACACACAGAUGCACACAACGAUGAAAGCAUGGAAAGAGAGAACGCCGCACACCCAGAAGGUGUCGAACACGCACACACUCAGAUGUACACACCGGAACCUCGUCCAGCGUCUGUAGCUGAGUGUCAACUCAACCUGCUGGACCACGUUGAGUCUCUUCACCACCAGAUCAGUGCCAGGAUGGACCUGAUAGAGCGAGAGCUGGAUGUAUUAGAGUCCUGGUUGGACCACUCUGGCGAGCUUGAGCCUCCUGACCCUUUGUCCCGCCUCCCGCAGCUGAAACAGCGAAUCAGGCGUCUGCUGUGCGACUUGUGCAUCGUGAGACGCCUAUCAGUCUGCCGCUGACUCUUUGCUCCUUAAACCCUCGACUUUUGACCACGUCAGCCUGAAGGAGCAAAGUGACCAACUGACUGAUGAGAAAGACUAGUUGAGAGUGAGCCGAAGUGCAUGAUGCUCCAAAGUUGGAAGGAAAACUGUGGUUUGUUUCUGCUCCGUUGCGGGACACCACCCCUCUGGUGGAGAAAAACUACUCUACAAUAUGAAGAGUAUCAUGACAUUUUUCAUAAAAUGAACAUGUGAUAUUCUUCUGUCAAAUUCCAAGAAGAAUGUUUUCCAAACAGCCUCUAGCAGGACUCCAGACUUAUGUCCAGCCACAUGACAGCAGGUGUGAAUAUUGAUUUGGAUUUUGAUGAGCUGCUGUCAGGACAGAAUAAUUUCUCCCAGUUUCGAGGCUUGUUAACAUUAGAAACUGAACUGAUGCAAAGCGAGUGUUAUCACUGACUGUUGCCAUAUAUCAUCUUAUCGCAGCAAGCAUCAAAAUAUGAUUACUAACAAUCACACUUAAAUGGUUUGGAUCAACGUUUGAAGACAUGACAAUUUAGUUAAAACACUUAUAGAGCAAUGCUUUUAUAAGUUGGAUGUUUCUCAAGGCAGAGAUGUUAUAAUUGUACUAAUGUUAGUACUAACUAACUAUUUUCCGUUUUUACAAAAAAAAAAUAGAAGCAUUCUGAGAGGUUUGGAGUUCUGGUCGUACCAGAACACAGUUUUUUUCAUGAAAUAGAUGUUUCCAAAAGUUUGGUGACCGCUAACCGCCAGCCGGACUAGCGCUAGUUAGUCACAGUAGCUUGUUUUCAGGUUUGUUUUAUUCACUGAGAAGUUAACAGAGCAGGGUGAAGCUGUCCAAGCCGACUAGUUAAUUGCGAACAGUUAACUCAAGCCACAGCGAUUAAUCAUUUUGUUGUCAACUGUUACGAUAAUCGCCAAAUAUUUUGAUAAUCGCUUAAUGGAUUUGAGUAAUUUUUUAAGGAAAAAAAAAAUAUUCUUUGAUCUCUGAUUCCAGUCACUUAAAUGUGAAAAAUGUACUGGUUUCUUUCCUCAUUUAUGACAGUAAGCUGUAUAUCUUUGUUUUGUGGACGAAACAAGACAUUUGAGGUGAAACACAAAACAAUAUUUUUUAACAUUUUCUUACAUUUUAUAGACCAAACAACUCAUAGAUUAAUGGGGAAAAUAAUCAAGAGAUUAAUCGACAAUGAAAGUAAUUCUAAGUUGCAUCCCUACAGUUAGUGGCCUAGUUAGCUUGGUCGCUAAUUUGACAAGAAGUUUGUACAGUUUAUUCAACCUUUUAAAAGUCCAGUAUGUAGGAUUCAUUGACAACUAAUGGUGAAGGUUCCAGAUUGCAGCAAAAAUAAAUACCUCUUUUGAAAGGCUCUGCACAGAGACAGUGUUAGUUUCUCCAUUCUGGGCUCCUGUAUGAGGUGUGGUAACAAGCAUUCAGCAGCUUUUCCAAUUAAAAUCACAGACUAUACCCGCUUUAAAUUUGGCUUGCUCUUAGUCGAAGUGGUCUCCUUGUACAGCGAUACACCGCUCCCAGCGCUCCUGCAUCAGUUGUGUCAUUAUGUAAAUAUAUUAAUAACCACUGUCUUUGGCGUGCGCUGAAUUUCCUCAACUGUGUGAGUAGGGUGGGUGGAGAUUGAUGGGUGUGUUGCUCUUGCAAAGAAACUCCUGCAUAAUCACUGUGCUGUGAUCAGGCAUUUUGUCAAAUUUCGUUGCCACACAGUUAUGGCUUACAUAUGUUCCACAUUUAUGACUAUGAUGCACUUCAACCACGUUGCAAAAGAAGACCUGCUCCCUCCGACAAUAUGAAGGGCUCAUUCAAAGCUGUCAAAAACACAGCCAUUAAUUAUUAGAAGUGUUUCCACACAAAUGAAAACAUAAUUACUCCGCCAAGGAACGUGGCGUACGUGAAUCUGUCUGUCUGUCCAUGCACAACAUUACUCAAAAGCGUACUAACAGAUUUGGAUGAAAUUUUCAGGGAAAGUCAGAAAUGACACAAGGACCACCUGAUUAGCUUUUGGCAGUGAUGCGGCUUAUAGUCUGGAUCCACGGAUUUAUUCAAGAUUUCUGGAUCAUUGCCAGAUAAGCGGCACGGCGUCACUGUAGCUAUGACAAGUGAACGCCUAAUCAGCUGCCUGCUGACGAUCACAUGAUUGCGAUCCUGCUACAAAUCGACUCCUGACGACUUACCAGGACUUAUCCGUCGGAACUGAUACAAGAAACAAUUGGUUAAAUUGUGGGGGUGUUCUUGAGUCCCAUCAAUCCCACCACCCGCUACAUAUUUAGGUCACUCGGUUUGGUAUCCGUACAUAACGUACACAAGAAUAACACACCCCUGUGCGCAGCUCAAGGUCAUUUUGUUUAUGGGUAGAUCUGCAUUAAAAGGCCACAUUCUAUGUUGCCGUGAUUUCUGAUCAUCAGUAACUAAUAAACAAAUGCUGCAUUUCUGACAAUGCCAUAUGGGUGAAUGAACAGCCUUGGUGGAGUACUGCGCUCUUGGAGUGCUUUUCUUGAUAGAAAUAUAUUUUAUUUCUGCUAAUUGAUCCACCUAAAUUACCAGACAUGCAGUGACAAUUCUUCUGCUGUAUUUUGAACCCAUUUUGUUCAUUCUGAAUCAGAUUUAACAAGCUAUACACUGUUUGAAAGCACAAAGUCUCACAGUCCAGUUUCAUUUACAAACUACUUCAAGAACACAACAGCGACAGUAGUUCCCUAUUUUAACAUUGUCAUGCACAGGGGCACAUAAAUAUUGAAUUGCUAUGCGUUGCACACUGUUUCCAUCUUAAGCAAAUCCAAUGAAUGAAAUGUCUCCAUGUUUUUUUUGGCGUUUUUCAGUAAUAAGAUGGUUGCUCUGAAGGGUUUAAAAGUUGUAUUUGUACCAUCAUCAUUGGUUGCAUCACCUACACUGUGACAGAAAAGCUUCAACAAAUGCUGACACACAGCUACUCUCCUUAAAUAUCAGCACCGAUAACGCAGCUUCAUUAACAGCAAUAUGAUGUGAAAAGUUGGGCAGAUAUAAUGCCCAUAAUAUGAGAGAAUCGGUGUGAAUAUAUGAAAUGGUUUUGCAGCAAAGUUUUGAAUGCUGGUUUGGUACAAGUGGCAAGACAUAGGGAGGGAGGAAUGAAAAUUUUGCACCUGAAUUCUGAACCUUGUGUGCGAUAUUCCCCUCGAACAGCAAGAUGUCAUCCAUAUUAAGUCAAGAAAAAGGAGAGUUGCUGUGUUGAGUUUACAGCUAGUUUCAAACAACACAGACAGAUAUAAAUGAUUUAUUAAGGACACAGUAUCAUCACUUCAGAGAAGCUUCAGGCUUUGUUGGAGCAGAUUUCAGUGCAAAGUUUUCUCCCCCUUUUUUGAUAUUUGUCUAUAAAGUUUUAUCUUUUCUAGAGUUAUAUCAGUGUUUUUAUUUUUUUUUUCUACAAAACUUUACUUCACAAAGAAAACUGUUGAUCUUUGUGAGCAUGGACGUUCCUUUUGAACUUUCAAGAAUAGCAUAAAAUAAUCCACAGCAUUUUUUUAGCUAACAGAGCUGGCUUAUAGAAGUGGUCAUAUAUGAGUUCUGUUCCUUUGAACCAGAGGCUCCUGUACAUAGUCACUUCUGUAUAUACAAAGAGUUCAUUACAUAUGGAGAGAACUGUCGUUUAUUAGUAUUGUUAGCAUCACCUUUUGUGUCAGAUGGCAGUUUGCUGGCGGUCUAAUAAACUUUUCUGUCAUUUCAACAUGUAAA